CAACGUCUGCGUCAUGACGCAUGACGUGUGAAAAUGCGUAAUGACGGUUGCUGCUCGACACUUUUCCCUCCUCGUUCGUUGACAAAGCUAUCCGGCUAUGCCGAUGUUUAGUUAAAGACACUUUUAUCGUUAAACAUUUUGGACUCCGUAGCUGUAACAUUGUAGGAGGAAGGCCGAUAAAGAAACCGAACGUCCACAACAACGUUGUUAAAGAAGACUUAUGCGGUCCUGCUAGCAGGGCAAGAUGUUCAACAAGUCAUUUGGUACUCCCUUUGGUGGAGGGACGGGGGGGUUCGGCACCUCAUCGACCUUUGGUCAGCAAAACGCAGGUUUUGGGACAACAGGAGGCUUUGGGACGUCUGCCUUCGGGGCCACCAGCAACGCUGGAGGACUGUUUGGUCCCACACAGAAUAAACCUGGUGGUCUGUUUGGGUCCAGUACAUUCAGCCAGCCGGCAACUUCCUCCACCAGCACCGGCUUCGGUUUUGGUGCGGCGAGCGGCACUUCGACCAGCCUGUUCGGCAGCACCGGAACGGGCGCCGCCGGCGGGCUCUUCUCCCAGCAGAACAAUGCUUUCGGUGCCGCCAAACCCACCUCUUUUGGAAAAGUCUCCCUCCCACCGUGUCCUCCAGGCUUUGGGACGAGCACCAGCAGUGGCGGGCUGUUUGGGGCAACCAACACCACCUCCAACCCUUUUGGUGGAACGGCCUCCCUUUUUGGAGGCUCGGGGUUCUCCGCCGCGCAGCAGCCGGGAACAACUGUAAAAUUCAACCCUCCAACAGGAAGUGACACAAUGGUGAAAGCAGGCGUGACCACGAGCAUCAACACCAAGCACCAGUGCAUCACAGCCAUGAAGGAGUAUGAGAACAAAUCCCUGGAGGAGUUGAGGCUGGAGGACUACCAGGCGGGCAGGAAGGGCCCGACCAACCCGAUGGCUGCGGGGACGGGCAGUCUCUUUGGACCGGCCACGGCCACGUCCAGUGCCACCACCGGCCUGUUCGGCUCCUCCGCUCCCAACGCCAGCUUCUCCUUCGGACAGAACAAGAGCACCUUCGGACCAGCAACAGCUGCCGGCAGUUUCGGCACGACGGCAGGCGGUCUGUUCGGCCAGCAGCCCCCGCAACAAGCCGGCAGCCUCUUCAAGCCGUUCGGUCAGGCCACCACCACACAGAGCACCGGCUUCUCCUUCGGCAACACCAACACUAUGGGACAGACCAACACCAGCAGCAUGGGUUUGUUUGGGAACACGGCGGCGGCUCAGCCGGCGGGGGGGUUGUUCGGCGCUGCUCAGACGAGCACCGCCACCGGCUUUGGGACGGCCACCGGGCUGUUCGGCCAAACUAACACUGGAUUUGGGAACGUCGCCACACAGCAGAGUUUAUUCGGUAAUAAGACGGCCGGGUUUGGCACCACCACCACCAGCGCCCCGUCCUUUGGCACCGGCACCGGCACCGGGCUGUUUGGCAACAAGCCCGCCCUCGCGCUGGGCGCUGGAACCAACACCUCCACCUUCGGUUUUGGUGCAAACCCCGCUGCAGGGAGUCUGUUUGGGAACAAGCCGGCCACUGGAGGACUGGGGACUGGACUGGGAACCAGCUUCGGAACAGCAGUGGGCACAGGACAGAUGUCUCUGUUUGGGAAUAACCAGAACAAACUGGGCGCCACGCUGGGAACGAUGGGAACGUUCGGAGCGACUGGAUUCAACAGCGGAGCCAGCACCCUGGGCUUUGGAGCUCCACAGCAACCCGUCGCGCUCACAGAUCCGAGCGCGGCGGCCGCUCAGCAGGCCAUGCUUCAGCAGCAGCUCAGCGGCCUGGCGUACUCGCCGUACGGAGACUCGCCGCUGUUCAGAAAUCAGCUGUCGGACCCCAAGAAGAAAGAGGAGCGUCUGAAACCAACCAAUCCGACGGCCCAGAAGGCUCUGACCACUCCCACUCACUACAAGCUGACCCCUCGACCUGCGACCAGAGUCCGCCCCAAAGCGCUGACGUCAUCGGGGGCCUCCAAGUCGCAGCUCUUCGACGGCCUGGAUGAUGACGAGCCCUCGCUCACCAACGGAGCCUUCGUACCCAGGAAGAGCAUCAAGAAACUUGUGCUGAAGAACCUGAACAGCAGUCAGUACAGCAGUCCAAUCAACAAAGAGACAGACGACCUCGCCUCACCUUCGGAGUAUCCGCAGAACGGACACAGUCAUAUGGAGGAGGAGGAGGAGCUGAGGGAGGUGCCGGGCCCCAGCAGCCGGGCAGACGACGACCCGGAGGUCACCCAGUUCUACGUCAACCCCAUCGCCAAGCCGAUCCCUCACGGGCGCGCCCAGACCAGCCUGCAGGACACCAUCUGCGACCUCAACAUGCACAAACCGGCCAGGAACGGGCUGGAGCUGAGCAGCGAGGACGUGUCAGCGUCUCUGGGGGAGGAGUCUCUGCAGGAGGAGAGAGAGGAGGAGCAGCAGGAGUCCCAACAGUCUCCUCACCCAGCAGGCAUCGUUCUGAACCGCGUCGGAUAUUACACCAUCCCGUCUAUGGAGGAUCUGGCUGAGAUGGUGGACGAAAACGGAGAGUGCGUGGUGGAGAACUUCACUGUUGGCAGGAAAGGCUACGGCUCCAUCUUCUUCCCCGGCGAGGUGAACGUGACGGGGCUGAACCUCGACGAGAUUGUCCACUUCAGACGCAAAGAGGUCAUCGUGUACCCGGACGACAAAAACAAGCCGCCAGAGGGGGAGGGGCUUAACAGGCGGGCAGAGGUGACUCUGGACGGCGUUUGGCCAAACGACAAGACGACCUGCACUCAGAUCAGGAGCCCCGAGCGUCUGGCUGAGAUGAACUACGAGGGUCGGCUGGAGAAAGCCUCGCGCAAACAGGGAGCCCGUUUCCUGGAGUACAGACCUGAGACCGGAUCCUGGGUGUUCGAGGUGGCCCAUUUCUCCAAAUAUGGCCUCCAGGACUCUGACGAGGAGGAGGACGUCCCGCCCAAAACCGACCCCAAGAAGCUGAAGACGAUGAUGAUCCUUCCUCCCUCCAGGCUGCAGCAGGCACUUCACUCCUCCCAGCAGCAGGCGGCGCCACAGGCUCAGUCCACUGUUGGCGUGGAUCACCCGGGCGGCGUGGCGGAGUUAGACAGCGACAUGGCCGACAUCACCCAGAGCUUCCCGACAGAGAGCAUGCUGGGAGGAGAGGAUGACAGCGACCUGCUGGCGGGGGAGAUGGACACGACGGGCGGGAAGCUCGGAGGUUUGAUCCCUGCGGAGCACGACGGCGUCUCCGCGUCCAGCAACAUAGCGUCCUCGCUGGGGAUCAACCCGCACACCCUCCAGAUCAUGAAGGCGUCUCUGUUUGCUGAGGACGAGGAGGAGAGCGACAUGUUCCAGGAUCCGGGAGCGAUGAAGGUUGCCGCUAACGUCUCAUCCCCUCGCCUCGUCGUGCCGGGAGCUCAGAGCCGACACUCCGUGGGUGGUCUCCUUCAGGCUCGUUUUACCUCUGGCCUCCUCUCCCAGCUGUCGGACUCUCCCCGCCCUCCUCUGUCCCGGGCGUCUCCGGCAGCCGCCGAACCCUCCCGGCCGCUGCACUGGGCCGGGCCGGGCCCCUCAUCCUUCCUGCUCCCCCCCCCAACUCCAGAGCCUUCGGUCAGGACGGUGGGCGUCCGGCGGCUGGGCGGCCCCGUCCCCCUCAAAGAGUCGGUCACUCGGGGGAAGGGGAGUUUGUUGAUGGACGCUGGGCUGUUUGCGGGCCGUUCCUUUCGGGUGGGGUGGGGUCCCGGCUGGACGCUGGCACACUGCGGCCACCUGCUGAGCUCACCGCUGGCCAAAAACCUCGACCACCAAGAACCGAUCGCCAAAACCGACUUCAGCUUCCUGCCGAAACCUGCCAGGAGCAAACCGCUGACUGAGAGCCCCUAUAAGGUGGUGUUGGAGCAGCUGGUGGGUCUGGAGCCUCCAGCAGUGAAGAUCAGUGAGGAGGAGGAGGAGGAGGAGAGCCAGGCGGUGCUUCAGCGCCCCCUGGAGAUCUGUCUGAAGCACAGCACUGUCGACACCACAGAUGCCUCCGCCUGCCCUCUGGUUCGACCGCAGGCCGGCGUGGCGGCGCUGCACGAGUACGCCGAGUGGAUCACCGAACUGAACCACCAGCAGGGUGACGCAGACCCCCUCCUGGCUCAUUGGGCCGAGGUCUGGACCUUGUGUGAGGCCUUGUGGGGCCGGCUGGGCCCCGCAGAUCAGGAGCCGGACGUCGAGACGCACAGCGAGUAUGAGCAGCAGCUGGAGAGGAGGCGGACCUUCUCGGCCUGGCUGUCCCGCGGAGCCACCUGCAGGGUGGAGGAGGAGGUGGCGCUGGCGGGGAAGGGUCGCCACACAGAGGCCAUCUUCAGCUACCUGACGGGAAACCGCAUCAGUGAGGCGUGUCGACUCGCACAGAAGGAAGGAGACCACCGUCUGUCCCUGUUGCUGUCUCAGGCCAUGGGCUCUCAGUACUGCCGGGACCUGCUGGCCCUCCAGCUGGCCGACUGGAACCGCAUGCAGACCGACUGCUACCUGCCCGAAGAACGGCUGCGCAUCUUCGCGCUGCUCGCCGGCAAACCUGUGUGGCAGUCGUCUGACUCCGUGGUGAACGUGUGCUCCGAGCUGGACUGGAAGCGCUGUGUGGCCGUCCACCUCUGGUUCAUGUUGCCUCCCACCGCCUCCGUGGCCGACGCCCUCGCCAAAUACGAAGCCGCCUUCCAGGGCUCAUGUGAGGGGGGGAAGUACGCCUGCGCCCCCCUUCCUCCGUACCUGGAGGCGGAGCAGCCGGACAUGGAGGAGGAGGAGGAGGAGUCCAAACGGCCACUGCACGACCUCUGCUUCCACCUGCUCAAGCUCUACAGUGACAGACACUACAGCCUGCAGCAGCUGUUGGACCCUCUGACGGUCACCUGGGAGCGUCUGGAUUACCGCCUGAGCUGGCACCUGUGGGGCGUCCUGCAGGCGCUGCACUACAGCCACCUGAGCGCCUCGCGGCAGGGACUCCUCCACGCCAGCUACGCCGCGCAGCUGGAGAGCGCCGGCCUCUGGCACAUGGCCGUCUUCAUCCUGCUGCACAUCCCCGACCACCCUCAGCGGGAGCGAGCGGUGCGGGAGCUGCUGACCCUCCACUGCCCCCUGCAGGAGACGGACGAGUCGGUGCAGAGGGAGCGCUUCCUGACCGAGAGGCUGCUGAUCCCGGAGCAGUGGAUCCACGAGGCCAAGGCCGUCCGAGCCCGCCGAGACGCCGACAGACAUCAGGAGGCCCUGCACCUGUAUCGGGCCGGAUACUGGAGCCAGUGUCACCGACUGCUGAUCCAGCACCUGGCCUCAGACUGCAUCAUCAACGACAACCACGACUACCUGCUGGAGUUCCUGGAGGGGCUGGCGGUCCCUGAACACAGCGCCACCAUCCAGGACUGGGACACUGCAGGGAGGGUUUACCUGGACUACAUCAGAGUCAUAAAGACGCUGCAGGGAAUCCAGCAGAUGGAGAACGCUGGUUACGAGCUGGAGCGUCUCUACACCGACGUGACGUCCCUGUGCAGCAGAAUCGAGCUUCUGCCCUGCAGCACCGCCAGAGACCGGCUCGCCCAAUCAGAAAUGGCGAAGCGUGUGGCCAACAUCCUGCGCGUGGUGCUGAGCCUGCAGCAGGGCGACGCGGCGUCCGACUCCCUCAGCAUCCCGCUCGCCCAGCUGGCGCCGCACAUCACCCGCCUGCCGAUGCCGGAGGACUACACGCUGGAGGAGCUGCGAGGCCUCACGCAGUCGUACCUGCGGCAGCUCAUCGUCAGCCAAUGAGAGCGCAGAACAGGAGCGGCAGGGCGGACAUGUUGAACGGUCUUUUACGUGUUUGAAAUUUCAGCUGCUCAAACAUCAUGAAAUUCU